AUGGGAAUGAGUGGUAGUAUUAUGUUAUUAUUUUUGCUGGGCGCUGGGAUCCUGCUUUUGGGCAGCGUGAAUUCCACGCUUGGAUCUGCGAGCUUGUACGAUCCUUCCAUGCCGCUCCAGGUCCUCAAUACGUUGACUUUCCAUAAGGUUAUCCUCAACAAGGAGAAUGCUUGGCUUGUACAGUUCUACAACCACUGGUGCGGCCACUGCAUCAAAUUCUCUCCGAUAUUUAAGGCAUUUGCCAACGACAUUGCAGGUUGGAAGGCUGUUAUAAGUCUCGCAGUCGUUGACUGCGUAGAUAAUAUGCAGCUCUGUCGCACAUAUGGAAUCAAUUCUUACCCUACUAUCAAAUUUUUUCGAGCACGUUCAACUUUUCAAGAUCGAGGUGUUGAAGUAGAGACCCACCGCUAUCCCGAACAGUUGCGACACCAGGCGAUUGACCUUGUGGACAGCAAGGAUGCCUACCGAGGGCGGUGGCCUGCAAGCUGGCCUUCAUUUGAUGCCUUUCAGGGAGAAAGAACUACAGAAGGGCUAUGGGAGUAUGUACCUGAAAAUGUAGACGUCCAAAUUCUUGUUGUGGAAUGCAACACUUCAUACAUUGGGAGAGAGGUAACCUUGGAUCUCUCGUCAAGGAAGUCCAUUCAUGUGCAACGUCUGGUGGUCUCCUCAGACAGAACCUGGCUGUCGUCCUUGCUCCCCAAUGAGACAAAUGUUUCUGGUGUUCGCUGGGCGGACCUGUAUGUCCUACAUCGUAAUGGCACCUCAACUAGGCUACUCAGGGUGAAAGAAGAAGAUGGCUCACGAGAGAAUGUGCUGCGAGUUUUGGAACCUUACAUGCGAGCAAUAAGCUCGAGUACCGCAACAACUGCUAGUACAGCAUCACCAGAGGAGAGCAAAGUAGUGGAUAUGAGCAAGGUGUACCUGGCUGACCUAAAUAAUGCACUGGUCUACUCUUUGCGCCAAGAGGUGGCUGGCCAUGAGCAUCUCAAUCGCACUGAACUUGCCGCUCUGGUGCACUUUGUUGAUGUUUUGGUUAAGUAUUUUCCAGGAGGCGACCCGACAAAGGUGGCAUUGCAAAACUUGCACACCUUUGUGGCAUCAGCUGGAACAGAUUCCUUACGGGGAGAACAGCUCUCGGCUUUUCUUGACAAGCAGGUGGGCCUGCCAGUCAUGGGGCCCUAUGAAGGCUGUCUAGGCAGCCAGCCACGCUUACGUGGUUAUCCCUGUGCUCUGUGGAUGCUUUUCCACAGCCUGACUGUUAGUGCCUACCUCAAGUCUGGAGGAUACCCACUUGGAAGGGACGCAUCCGGUGCUGAUGUCCUCCAGGCUGUCAGGGGCUAUGUGACCUAUUUUUUCUCCUGCCGCUACUGUGCUGUCCACUUCAGCACCAUGGCAAAGAAUUUGGACUCCGAGGUUCAAACGUCACAGGAUGCUGUGCUCUGGCUCUGGCGAGUACAUAACAAAGUCAACGCACGGCUGGCUGGGGACAUGUCGGAGGACCCGAUGCACCCUAAGCAGCCCUUCCCUCCCCCUACACUAUGCAGCGACUGCCACGAGGGCACCCGGUGGAAUGAGCAGCACUCACUCAGCUUCUUACUGCACUUCUACGCACCUGAUGGCCUAGUGCCUGUCGGAAACCCCGACGGGCAGGACCAUGCGUGGUUGACGGCCCAGAGUGGUGGUACUCGGGCCCGGUGGUCCUCCCUGUUCUUGCUGGCAGCGGUCAUUUCUGCAUUCUAGCGCUGCGCACUGCCCUUGACUUCAAAGGAACUCCCUUUGCUAUGUCAUUUUAGCCAGCGAACAAAGGUUUAUACGCGCACUGAACACAGCGUCUAAGCAAGAUACCCACCGAUUGAUACCCAACGAUUCACGCGCGAGGGGCGUGGGUUAGCUGCAGUGUCAGUAGUCAAUCAAGCUUACGCAGCACGUCAUGCGCGUAUAUGCAAAACAGAAACUCUAGCGCAUGCAUGUUAUGCUUGUUGCGCAUUUUUAUACCUGCCUUCGGAUGUAUUUUCUUGUUAUUGAAACAGGGUGGGAAUAUUUUCUCGCAGCGUC